GUCUGGAACACCUGCCGUUCAUGAUGAUGUCACACCCCCUGAUCCCUGUCAGUAUGGCCCCUGCCUCUGUCUCCAUGGCGAUGAGUCAGAUGAACCACCUCAACACGUUAGCCAGCAUGGCCUCUGCUGCCCAGGUCCACCACUCUACCCUCUCCUCCCGCGGCCGCAUGGUCACCUCUGUUAUAAAGGAGUGUGUUCGGGACAGUCCGUCUCCAGCUCCCUCUCUGGAGGACGGGAGGAGGUCUGGGAGUCACCUGUCAUCUCGUCACAGCAGCAGCGUCUCCAGCUCCCCAGCACACACAGAACACUCUGCAGACAGGACCCAUGUGCACCAGAACGGCCUGUCCUCCAGCCAUGCCCUGUUGGGCCUAUCUCCCAGUGCUCUGCCGGGUCCUAAAGAAGGAGAUGUGGCCACCCUGGACUCUGGCCACGAAGCUAAGAGGAACCAUGCUGAGAGAG